GACUUUGAUGAUGUCCGCAAACGCACCACCACCCUCUCGCCAUCUCAUUGGUCCGUAUGUGAUUAUAGGGAUUGGCUGUAAGGAGCUUUUGCGGAAAGGAAAGGUAAACAUUACAGUAACCCAGCAAAUGGAGAGCCAAACUGAACAACUAUGAGCUAAAGCGACACUCUCCGCCGUCAACGUCCCGGCCUGUUUGUGUCUAGGUGUGAGAGAGAGUUUAGCAGACAUGGUGGAGGUGUUUUCUGGCCGGACUCUCCUGAAUAAAGACGGGGAGUUCGUGGACCCGGAGGAAGUGCUGAGGAACAAAGUGGUGGGGAUUUACUUCUCUGCGGGAUGGUGCCCUCCGUGUCGGGACUUUACGCCCGUCCUGUGUGAUUUUUACACGGAGUUGGUGGAGGAGAGCGAGACUUCUGCUCAGUUUGAGAUCGUUUUCAUCUCUUCAGACAAGUCGCUGGAUGACAUGGUCGAAUAUUACCAUGAUAUGCACGGAGACUGGCUGGCUUUACCCUGGAGUGAUGAUUAUAAGCAUGAAUUAAAGCAGCGUUACAAGAUCACAGCCGUUCCCAAACUGGUGAUUGUGAAGGAGAACGGCGAUGUGAUCACCGAUAAGGGCAGGAAGCAGAUUCGAGACCGAGGCCUUGCCUGCUUCAGGUCCUGGCUGGAAGCUGCUGAAAUCUUUCAGAACUUCAAGGGUUAAGGAAGAGCAUAAACCAAAAGUUGCUUGUGAAAUACUUCAUUCACUCAAGUCUGAAGUGUGUGCAGAAUAAAACAAAAAAGUAAAACAAAAAAAAAAGAUUUCCCUAACCUAAAAAUAUAUCUUACUUGUUCCUGAUAUUUUUAGCCUUAAAACACUGUGAUUGAGCUCCUUUGAUAACAGCUUUGCAAACAUGCAGUUACAUACUAAGAUGCUGCUAGUUGCAGGCCUUCCUAUGCAUUAAGGAUAAAUCUCAGGCUCAGCUGUAAGGGAAACUGUAUGAUUUGUGUUAAUAACAGCUGCCGUAGAUCUCAGGUUCUAUUAAAGCAUGCUUCUGCAACAGUUGAGCUUUCAUAAUAAGGAGAAAUGUAAAAUAUUUCAUUGGUUAUAUUUAUUAAGCUGCCUGUAUUUUUUGCAUUGUUUUUUUUUUUAAUAAUUGGUAAUAAAAAUGCAUAUCUUGUGA